AUGAGCGCGCGCCUGCCGCUCUUCCUGCGCGGGCUCCGCCGCCCGCCGCGGCCCCCGGGCCCGCCGCUCCGCUUCCAAGCGCCCGGUCGCGCCAGCAGCAGCGGCCGUGGCGGCGGAGGUGGCGGCGGGGAGGGCCUGCUCGGGCAGCGGCGGCUGCAGGACGCCCAGGCCGGGAACAGUCGCGGCCAGGGCAGCCGGGCGCCUUCGGCGCGGNUUUCUCAAUGUAGAGAAGUCAUUCAGAAUUCGAAAGAGGUUCUGAGUUUAUUGCAAGAAAAAAACCCUGCCUUUAAGCCGGUGCUGGCUAUUAUACAGGCAGGUGAUGAUAACUUGAUGCAGGAGAUCAACCAGAAUCUGGCGGAGGAGGCUGGUCUGAACAUCACUCACAUCUGCCUUCCUCCAGAUAGCAGCGAAGAUGAGAUUAUAGAUGAAAUCUUGAAGAUUAACGAAGACACCCGAGUACAUGGCCUUGCCCUUCAGAUCUCUGAGAACUCAUUUAGCAACAAAGUCCUCAAUGCCUUGAAACCAGAAAAGGAUGUGGAUGGAGUAACAGAUGUAAACCUGGGGAGGCUGGUCCGCGGGGACGCCCACGAGUGUUACGUCUCACCUGUGGCCAGAGCUGUAGUUGAACUUCUUGAAAAGUCAGUGGGUGUCAACUUGGAUGGAAAAAAGGUCUUGGUAAUAGGAGCCCAUGGGUCUUUGGAAGCCGCCCUGCAAUGCCUGUUCCAGAGAAGAGGGUCCAUGACAAUGAGCUCCCAGUGGAAAACACCUCAGCUUCAAAGCAAGCUUCACGAGGCUGAUAUCGCGGUCGUAGGCUCUCCCAAGCCAGAAGACAUUCCCCUUUCGUGGAUACAACCAGGAACUACAGUUCUCAACUGUUCCCAUGACUUCCUAUCAGGGAGGCUUGGAUGUGGUUCUCUUGGGGUUCAUUUUAAUGGUCUCAUUGCAGAGGAUGAUGUGAGUCUCCUUGCUGCGGCUCUGCGGAUUCAGAACAUGGUCAGCAGUGGAAGGAGAUGGCUACGGGAACAGCAGCACGCAAGGUGGAGACUUCACUGCCUGAAACUCCAGCCUCUCUCCCCCGUCCCGAGUGAUCUUGAGAUUUCAAGAGCACAGACUCCAAAAGCCGUGGAUGUCCUUGCCAAGGAGAUAGGAUUGCUUGCAGAUGAAAUUGAAGUCUAUGGCAGAAGCAAAGCCAAAGUACGUUUGUCCCUGCUGGAAAGGUUAAAGGAUCAAGCAGAUGGAAAAUACGUUUUAGUAGCUGGGAUCACACCCACCCCUCUCGGGGAAGGGAAAAGUACGGUUACAGUUGGGCUUGUACAGGCUUUGACUGCACACCUCAACAUCAACUCCUUUGCGUGUCUCAGACAGCCUUCUCAAGGACCAACUUUUGGCGUGAAAGGAGGGGCCGCGGGCGGCGGAUAUGCCCAGGUCAUCCCCAUGGAGGAGUUCAACCUUCACUUGACCGGGGACAUCCACGCCAUCACUGCCGCCAAUAACCUGCUGGCCGCCGCUAUUGACACAAGGAUUUUGCACGAAAACACUCAAACAGACAAGGCGCUGUAUAAUCGACUCGUUCCUUUAGUGAAUGGUGUUCGAGAGUUUUCAAGCAUUCAACUUGCUCGGCUGAAAAAACUGGGAAUAAAUAAGACCGAUCCAAGUACGCUGACGGAGGAGGAAAUAAGUAAAUUCGCCCGUCUCAACAUCGAGCCCUCCACCAUCACGUGGCAGCGAGUAUUGGACACAAAUGACCGAUUUCUACGAAAAAUGACGAUUGGGCAGGCGCCCACAGAGAAGGGGUGUUCCCGGCAGGCACAAUUUGACAUCGCAGUGGCCAGCGAGAUCAUGGCAGUGCUGGCCUUGACCGACAGCCUCACGGACAUGAAGGAGCGGCUGGGAAGAAUGGUGGUGGCCAGUGACAAAAAUGGGCAACCCGUGACAGCAGAAGAUUUGGGGGUCACAGGCGCAUUGACAGUUUUGAUGAAAGAUGCAAUAAAACCAAAUCUGAUGCAGACCCUAGAAGGAACACCUGUGUUUGUGCACGCUGGCCCCUUUGCUAACAUCGCCCAUGGCAACUCUUCAGUGCUGGCUGACAAAAUCGCGUUGAAACUGGUUGGUGAAGAAGGAUUUGUGGUAACUGAAGCCGGCUUUGGUGCUGAUAUUGGAAUGGAGAAAUUUUUCAACAUCAAGUGUCGAGCGUCCGGCUUGGUGCCCCACGUGGUGGUGUUGGUGGCCACCGUGCGGGCUCUGAAGAUGCACGGAGGCGGCCCGAGCGUAACUGCUGGGGUCCCGCUUAAGAAAGAAUAUACAGAGGAGAACAUCCAGCUGGUGGCAGACGGCUGCUGUAACCUUCAGAAGCAGAUUCAGAUUGCUCAGCUCUUUGGGGUCCCCGUUGUCGUGGCUCUGAAUGUCUUCAAGACCGACACCCGCGCGGAGAUUGACUUGGUGUGUGAGCUGGCGAAGCGGGCCGGCGCCUUUGAUGCGGUCCCCUGCUAUCACUGGUCGGUCGGUGGGAAAGGGUCAGUAGACCUGGCUCGGGCUGUGAGAGAAGCUGCAGGUCAAGGAAGCCGUUUCCGAUUCCUCUACGACCUCCAGCUUCCAAUUGUAGAAAAGAUAAGAACCAUCGCGCAGGCUGUAUAUGGAGCCAAAGAUAUCGAACUGUCUCCUGAGGCACAAUCCAAAAUAGAUCGUUACACACAACAGGGGUUUGGAAAUCUGCCCAUCUGCAUGGCAAAGACUCACCUUUCUCUGUCUCACCAACCUGACAAGAAAGGCGUACCCAGAGAUUUCAUUUUGCCCAUCAGUGAUGUCCGGGCCAGCAUAGGCGCUGGGUUCAUCUACCCUCUGGUCGGAACGAUGAGCACCAUGCCAGGACUGCCGACCCGGCCCUGCUUCUACGAUAUAGAUCUUGAUACAGAAACAGAGCAAGUUAAAGGCUUGUUCUAA